CCGGGUGAUAGUAUUACCCAGACUGUCAGUGACUUCAGCUCUGCAUAGGUAGGGGAGUGAGAUAACUGACUGGACGCUGCCAGGCCGCAGACAUGGACGCAGACCCUGAACAUCGAUAUAGUCGCUCCCUGUCAAAUAAAUUGCUUAAAGAAACUUUUCUCCAGGCCCUGCAAUCCAACCAGUAUGUAGAAGUGGAAACCAUUCUGAAUGAGGGGAAGAUAGAUGUGGACACUGUGUUUGAGGUGGAAGAUGACAACCUGGUCCUGGCUUCAUACAAAGCAGGUCACUGGUUGCCUAGUUUUAAAUUAGCAUCAUCGUGGGCGACAGGACUGCACAUUACAGUUAUGCUGGGACACCUGGAAAGUCUACUGGUACUUCUGGAACAUCAAGCGUCUAUCAACAUGAAGCCAAAUGGGAAGACACCUUUACACGUAGCAUGUGAAGUAGCCAAUCUGGACUGUGUCAAGAUUCUCAUAAGCCAUGGAGCAAAACUCAAUUCCUUUUCAAUGAGUGGACAUGCACCUUUACAUUACUGCAAAACCAAGGAGUCUGUGAAGUGUGCCAAAGAACUGGUAUGGAGUGGAGCCGACGUGAAUUUGCAGAGCGAGAAUCAGUCUGAGGAAACUCCGCUACACACAGUUGCCCGUGUCGGAAUCCCUGAGCUUGUCGCCUUCUACGUCAACCACGGAGCGAUCGUAGACAGCACCAACUCAACCUUAGAGACUCCUCUCGCCACCGCCGCAUACUGGGCAUUGAACAUUAAGGAGCAGGAAUACAGCACUAAGCACCACCUCAUCUGUAGAAUGCUCCUGGAUUAUAAUGCCAAGGUCAACUCACGAGAUAUAGAUUUCAAGUCCCCUCUACACAAGGCCGCGUGGAACUGUGAUCACUUGUUGAUGACGAUGUUUCUCGAGGCGGGAGCGGAGGCCAAUGCUAUGGAUGUCAAUGGCUGCGCCCCCCAGCAGUAUGUAUUAAAAGUGACCACUGUUCGUGCAGCUGCCCAACCAGAAAUCUGCUACCAACUGUUAUUAAACCAUGGGGCAGCGAGAAUAUAUCCUCCACAGUUUCAUAAGGUCUUACAGGAAUGUUACUCAUACCCGAACGCAGUUGAAGUGAUGGCUAACGCUUAUGAGCACAUAAAGGCGACAUACAGGUGGAGGAAAGCAAUUCCUGAUGAUGUCCUGGAGAGACACCAGUCUUUCUAUGAAUCUCUGUUUGAGGUUUGCAGUAACUCCCCAAGGUCACUCAUGCACCUGGCCAGGUGUGCGAUCCGCAGAGUGUUACAUCGGAGGUGCCACAGAGCCGUCCCGCAGCUUCCACUGCCAACAGUGCUAAAGAGAUAUGUCCUGCUGGAACCACAAGGACGACUAUAUUGACUUUACUUUCUGUGAGCAAUCCCCAAGGAAACAGCGUGAGCCUCACUGCUGCCUGGCUAAGCAUGCUGAGACUUGUAGUUUCGCAAAGGCUGAAGAUUCACAGAUUGUGAACGCUUGCUCCAACAGAUAGCGCUAAAGAAGCUAUGGUGAACAACAAGUGAAAGGCUGGCCACUUGUACUAUAUACUAUAUAUAUAAUUUAUUUGUACAUAAAUGUUCAAUAAUUGUUAGUAAUGCUCUAAAUUAUAAAACAUACAUACUAUGCAUUGAUGUUUAUUGGUAUUAGUAAUACAGUAAAUGACAUUCAAUUAUUUGUGGAUUCAUGUCACUGGUAAAAAUAAAAUACUCUAAAGCUUUUCUUUAAAUUAAUGCACCUUGUUUUGAUAUUUGUUAGUAGAAGAGACUUUGGGGUGUAUUCAUGAAGCAGUGAAAAGAGUGGAGAAGUGAGCCUGCGGAGAAGUUGCCCAUCGUAACCAAUCAGCUGCUCCGUACAAUUGUAUAGUAUGCAAAUUAUAAAUGUUACUUCAAUGCUGAUUGGUCGCCAUGGGCAACUUCUCCACUGGCUCACUUCUCCACACUUUUCACUGCUUCAUGAAUAGACCUCCAUGUUUGAAAAAUGACAGUUAAGAGCUGAUUGGCUGGUGCUUUAUCUCUCUCCACUUUAUCACUCUCCAAACCUUAGUACAUCUGUCCAUUUAGCUCCUGUGAGCCUAUUUGGAUCAAUCUCAACAGCUUGGAACAUCUGGUCAUAAGGAUACUGCAAUUUACAGGGUUCCGGUAUGAAUGGUCGACCAUGUUAUGGUCGACAGUCAUUAGGUCGACCACUAUUGGUCGACAUUGACAUGGUCGACAUGAACACAUGGUCGACACAUGAAAGGUCGACACAUGAAAAGGUCGACAUGAGUUUUUUUAACUUUUUUUGGUGUCGUUUUUUGCGUAAAGUGACUGGGAACCCCAAUUAGUGCACCGCGUUCGCUCGCCAUGCUUCGGGCAUGGUGCCUUCGCUCCGCUACCGCUUCGCUCGGCACAGAUUACCAUUCCAAUCGUAGUCCAUGUGGAUCGUAAAGUAUGGAAAAGUUCCCCAAAAGAAAAAAAAGUAAAAAAACUUAUGUCGACCUUUUCAUGUGUCGACCUUUCAUGUGUCGACCAUUUUUACGUGUCGACCAUGUGUCCAUGUCGACCAUGUCAAUGUCGACCAAUAGUGGUCGACCUAAUGGCUGUCGACCAUAACAUGGUCGACCAUGUGAACGGAUACCAAUUUACAGUAGGCCCAAUCUUUACUGCAUGCUUGUCAGAGUUCCAUCAGGUUGGAUGGAGAGCGUUGUGAAUAGGAAUUUUCCUAUACAGUUUCUGGGUGGAAUCGAAGUCUGGACGUUUACUGUACUUUCUUUUUUAAGCCUAAUGUGGCUAUUGCCGUAUGCUUCGGGUCAUCGGCCUGCUAAAUUAUAAUUCAUCUCCCUAAUCCUAGGUACUCAGGAGACUCUGGUUAAAUUUUCCUCCAAGAUUUAUCUAUAUGCUGUACAGGAUUAUUUCCAUUUCUUUAGGAUGGCCUUGUUAGUGCUCUUUUAAAAUGACUUAUACCCUUCUCCUGUGCUGCUUUUUUAUAUCCUCUUCUCUUCUAAUUUUUUUAUAUUCUUUGAUCUUCUUGAUGAAGCUCUAAUUGGGAAAUGCACUAAUUAAUGGUCAGGCUUCUCACAGAUAGUAGUAUUUAUUUAAAAAAAAAAACAAUUGCGACACUUUAAAUACAAGAGUGUUCUAAUAAUCAUUCAUUAUGUAACCUCAGUAGACAAUUGAUUGCACCAAAACUUAUUUAAUUGUGAUGCAGUCAGGAUCCUGGUAGUAGGGAUCCCAACAGUGGCAAUUCCAACGCAUCCUGUCGGUCAAUAUUGGGGUUAGCGUUAAAUUGCGGGGUUGGGGGAGGUUAGGGUUAGGCUGCGGGAGGGGACACUCAGGGGUACACUGUGGGAUUAGUGUUAAAAUACUUUCACGGAUCGGCCGGGAUUCUGACUGUCGGUAUGCAAGGAUUUCGUACCCAACCCAUUUAGGUGUAUCUUUGCAAAAUGGGGGAAUAUUUAAGUAAUUAAUUAUUGUCUUAUUUUCUUUGUAAUUCUGAAAAAAGUGUUGAGAAUAUUUUGUGUUGAUAAGUGGUAAGAAUUCCAAAUAAAUCCAUUUUACUUCCAUGAUGUAAGAAAAUAAAAUGGGGACAAUGUCAAAAUGUGAAUACAUUUUAUAGCUGCUGUAUGUAUUACCAAUGCUCAGUCAAAGCAUUUCAAUACUAAAGCAACCUUUAGCAAACAUUACAUCAGGUUAGGUUAUGUGAUUAUUGCACAGCAGCAGUGUAACCUUGAAUGUAACACCGGUCACGUGUGAAAAUAAAUUGUGGGGGUAAUUCAGAUCUGAUCGCAGCAGCAAAUUUGUUAGCAGUUGGGCAAAACCAUGGCCCUCAUUCCGAGUCGUUCGCUCGGUAUUUUUCAUCGCAUCGCAGUGAAAUUCCGCUUAGUGCGCAUGCGCAAUAUUCGCACUGCGACUGCGCCAAGUAUCUUUGCUAUGAAGAAAGUAUUUUUACUCACGGCUUUUUCAUCGCUCCGGCGAUCGUAAUGUGAUUGACAGGAAAUGGGUGUUACUGGGCGGAAACACGGCGUUUUAUGGGCGUGUGGCUGAAAACGCUACCGUUUCCGGAAAAAACGCAGGAGUGGCCGGAGAAACGGGGGAGUGGUUGGGCGAACGCUGGGUGUGUUUGUGACGUCAAACCAGGAACGACAAGCACUGAACUGAUCGCACAGGCAGAGUAAGUCUGAAGCUACUCUAAAACUGCUAAGUAGUUUGUGAUCGCAAUAUUGCGAAUACAUCGGUCGCAAUUUUAAGAUGCUAAGAUACACUCCCAGUAGGCGGCGGCUUAGCGUGUGUAACUCUGCUAAAUUCGCCUUGCGACCGAUCAACUCGGAAUGAGGGCCCAUGUGCACUGCAAAGGGGGGGGGGCAGAUAUCACAUGUGCAGAGAGAGUUAGAUUUGGGUGGGGUGUGCUCAAACUGAAAUCUAAAUUGCAGUGUAAAAAUAAAGCAGCCAGUAUUUACCCUGCACAGAAACAAUAUAACCCACCCAAAUCUAGCUCUCUCUGCAAAUGUUAUAUCUGCCCCCCCUGCAGUGCACAUGGUUUUGCCCAUUAGCUAACAAAUGUGCUGCUGCGAUCAGAUCUGAUUUAGGCCCAAUAUUACACUUGAGAAGUGUUCUAUUGCCAGGAUGAGAACACAGCAUGAGAAUAAUUUCUGUGAUACAUAAAAAAGUUACGUAAAAUUGUUUUUCAUUCAUUAACUAUUCAUUAAAGGGACACUAAGGGGCAGAUGACAGGUGAUAAAUUCGCCCCAACUCGCACUGCGAUAAUUGAUUACAUCGCAGGGAUGUAUCAAUUAUUGCAUGCAGGGACAGAAUUUGCGGUCAAGCUCUGUCUCUGCGAUGCCUCUUCGCAGCAUUAUCAGGGUAUGCGCCGCCCCCACCGACAUCGCCCCUACCGCCGCCGCUUGGUCGACCCCCCGUUGCGACUACCGCCGCGCACCGUGGACCCCCCCAGAAGAUCAAUAUACUCACCUGUCCAGGGAGCUGGUCCGCACUGCUUCAGGAGGCUGCCGGGCCAGGUCCUUCUCCUGCGCUGUGACCCCUGCUGCUGUAAAGUGCGCUGCCGUUUUGCAGCGUCACUUUACUGCACCGGGGUCACAGCGCAGCAUAUGGGACCCGACGCCCGGCAGCGCUCACCAGAGCAGCGGACACCGGCUCCCUGGACAGGUAUGUGUUUUGGUUUUUACUUUUUUAUUUUUUAUUUUCACACUGUGCCAGAGGCAGAGAAAGCUGGGCAAAAGGGUGCAGGUUGCAGUGCUGCCCUGUGAUCUUGCCAGCCUGAGCUGGCGAGAUUAUCACAGGGCACACUGCGGUAUUUUUUCACAUUUUUUUUUUAGUAAAUCGGGUCAGAUCGCAUUUCCCUUUAUAAGUAUGGGGAAUGUGAUGUGACUUACUUAUGCUGCUUUCACAUCGCAAACCCUGCAUUUAAAACGUUUCUUAAAACGGGUCUUAAAAACGGGUCUGAGCAGUUAAAACCCCCUUCACAUCGCAUGUUGCAACCAGUAUAUUACCGUUUCAUUACCGUUUUGGUACCUUUCACACUGAGCCCGUUUCACCCAUAGAAAACAGUGGUUGUCAUUGUAAAUGGACUUUUCUGGCCCACACAUUAUUAAUAAUUAUUAAUUAAUUAUUAAUAAUUUGGCUAGUCAUACGAUGGAACCCAGCAGCUUCAAGCAUCUUUACCAUGUUUUUGAAGAUUACUGCAUCCUUCACUGUCCCAGUGAUUUGUCUACAUAUUUCUUCAUCCCCUCUGAUCCUAAGCAGCUCCCUAACCUCUUCAUCACUCCAAUUUGCCAUUUUAAACUGUAUUCUGUAUAAUAAAACGCUCCCUUCACUCUCA